CCGUUUCUCUCUCAUUCUCUCCCACUACCUCUUUACAGUCUCACCGCACGAUAUACAAGUCCACCAGGUCACAGUGGAAUAGCAGCCCCUCAGAAGAAAAACACAAGGUUACCAGGUCUCUCCAAAGUCCCCGCUGCAGGCAGCGGCAGUAGCAGUAGUAAAGCCCACGGAUCCUCAAACCUGAACCGAAGGAGCCAGAGCUUCAACAGUAUUGACAAGAGCAAACCACUGCAAUAUGCUAGCGGCAACGACAGAGAGUCGGUGAAGGGCAUUCCUCUGCCAGGCAGCAUGAACGGCAGUGGCUCGGUGCCCUCCAGCACCAGCGGGCAGCAGCUGGCCUCUGCCAUCCCCUCUCCCACUGCUGCAAAGACCUGGCGAAGCAAAUCCAUGAACAUGAAGCACAGUGCCACCUCGUCUAUGCUGGCCACCAAGCCACCCAGCCCAACCGCUUCCCCAUCCCCUCCCUCGUCAUCCGAUCGCCUCCGGCCCCCAAUCACAGACUCCUCCAAAUCAGCCCCCGGAAACCAGCGCUCCAUGUUGGAGAAAUUCCGGCUCAUCAACCCUAGAUCCGCAUCCAGAACCUCACCCUCAGUGGCUGAAAUGGCUCUCCAGGAGGAGGACGACUUGUCGGAGUUUGGAGAUGAGGGGACCUGCAGUCCCACACCACCCUGCGGGAUCUCAAAACAGCAGGGGAAGUCCCCCGCAUCCUCCUCUGCACCCCCAAACAAGACCAACAACUGCAAGAACCACAACAGUAAGUCCUUGCCACAGCCCAAAGACAAAGAGGACAAGAACAAGACCAAGAGCAAAGCAAGCACGCCACCCAAGGAGGAGCCAGUGAUAGUGGAGCCCUCUAAGAAAGGCUCCAAGAUUGCCAGCCUCAUCCCCAAAGGAAGCAAAACUUCUGCAGCCUCUGUGAAGAAAGAAAGUGCAAUCCCUGCCUCCAGCAGCAUCCCCAAGCCUGGUCUGAAGGCUCCAACAGCAACCGCCAAGCCUGCAGCAAGCCAAUCCAGUGUACCUGCAACUAGUGUACCUGCUACAGGUGGUGAGAAAACCAAACUUAGUAAAGGUGGUCAGUCUAUAUAUAUGCAGAGAUCUUUGGGAGGAUAUGAGAAUCGGAAGACCAGCAUGGUGUCAUCAACCAGUACCUCAGCACUUUCUGGAUCCGCCACAUCUGGACUGGGUGGUGGAGGAGCUUUAGGAGGUAAUGGGACAGUACAACUUCCCCAGCAGCAACAACACAACCAUCCCAACACGGCAACUGUCGCCCCCUUCAUGUAUCGGACAUAUUCAGAGAACGACUGCACAACUGUGUUCCCCCCUGAACCAUAUCUCAGUCCCACAAAAGACCUAGUCUACAGCAAGACCGCCAAACAGUGCCUGGAGGAGAUCUCAGGAGAGGAUCCAGAAACUAGACGGAUGCGUACGGUGAAGAACAUUGCCGACCUGAGACAGAAUCUCGAAGAAACCAUGUCUAGUUUACGUGGGACACAGAUUAGCCACAGUACUCUUGAGACGACAUUUGACACCACUGUAACUACAGAAGUGAACGGUCGUGGCCUCCCUGCCCUCUCAAGCCGCUCCUCCCAAAUGUCUUGGCGUCUCGGCCAAGCGUCGAGCCCCCGUCUUCAGGCCGGUGAUGCUCCUAUCUACGCUUCGCCCAGAUCCAGUGCCGGCACCACUGGUCGCUAUGGUGACCCCUCAAGGUUGUUAUACACUGCCCCCCUGAGGAGAGCGGCCGCCUCAGGGGUUCGAGGGUCAGAGCCGGGAGAGAAAGGUGGGAUUUCGGAGGCGGGGCCAGAGGUGGACGUGACCGGAUACGGUAGCGAUGGUGACAUACUCGCCAAGAAUGUGCACGCAGAUGAUAUCAGUGGGUACCACACAGACGGAGGGCUUUACUCUCGGAAUGUCGACCUCUACUCUCGAAAUGUUGGACGCCCACCAGAGAUGACACCUGCUCAAGACGUCGUUCAGAAAGGGGUCAAAGAGAUGCAAGGGGAAGACAGCUGGGAUGACAGUAGUUCAGUCAGCAGUGGUUUGAGUGAUACUUUAGAUAACAUCGGCACUGACGAUCUGAAUCCACCCACGUAUUCUGGCAUCUCAUCUCGCAAAAGCAAAGCAGCACAGUCAAAUAAAGAUACACACAGACAUACCGAGCAGGAUGCUAGCAGCUGGGCUGGUGCUGAGGAUCUGAAGAAGGUUGAUGAAGAGAUGGAGCCAGGGAUGGACAAGUGGAAGACUUCAUCCCCUUCCUCUUCAUGUCAGGGUGAGGAUGUUGGCCAGAAGACAGGUUUGUCCAUGUCUCAAACAGGCUCCUGGAGGAGGGGCAUGAGUGCCCAGGUUGGCAUCACACCACCACGGACCAAAGGCACGUCCACCUCUCUCAAAACACCAGGUAAAACGGAUGAUGCCAAGGCAUCUGAGAAAGGCAAGGCCCCAUCUAAGAGCCCAAGUAUCCAGCGCUCACCAUCAGAUGCGGGCAAGAGUAGCGGAGAUGAAGGGAAGAAGCCACCCUCAGGAAUUGGUCGACCGCCUACCACAAGCUCUUUUGGCUUUAAGAAGAUUCCGGGUCCCGCCGGAGCCCUCAUCACUGCCAGCGGAGCCACUCUGGCCAGUGGUUCCGCUACUCUAGGCAAGGUACCCAAAUCUGCAGGCAUCGGGAAGGGCACAGGAAUCGGUAAUGGGCAGAAAACAAGUCUUGAUGGUGCUCAACACCAGGACGACACUGUUUUGUUAGGUUGUGGAGGCUCAAAGGUUCCACUCCAGUAUCGCUCCCUACCUAGACCGGCAAAGUCAUCAAGUGGGGGAAGCAGCGUGGUGGGCCGGAGCGGCCAUCGUUCUAGCUCUAGCAGCAUUGAUUCGAAUGUCAGCGGAAAGUCUGCGGGAGGGAGUGGAGGAGUGGUAGGAACCCCAACCAGCACAAAGAGAAGAGACCCUGGGAAAGUAGGAUCAGGACGCUCAAGUCCAGUCACCAUCAACCAGACGGAUAAGGAGAAAGUGGCAGGGUCGGAUCAGGAGGGAACAGGGUUGUCCACCUCCCCCAAAUCCAGUGUCACUUCCACCCAAACUGGACUCAGACAGCCAGGCUCCAAAUACCCAGACAUUGCAUCCCCCACAUUCCGCAGGUUGUUUGGCAGUAAGGCCAGCAGUAAACCCAGUUCCCCUGGCACCCCUGACUCAAGUAAAUGCCCAUCAGCACUGGGCAGCCCUCAUGGCACACUGGCGCGGCAGGCCAGCCUGGAUUCACCCUCCUCAGGAACAGGUAGUCUUGGCAGCAUGGGUGGGCAGAGCGGAGGCAGCAGCCCGCUAUAUGGCAAAACGCCCGAUCUGUGUACUGACUCCCCGGCUUCUAGUCCGGCGUCAGGCCUCUCUCUGCCCUCUAACGCCCGGCCUUGGCCACCAAACCUCAGCAGUUCAUCUGCGGGCAGUAAAGACACACUGAGCUGCCACAGUAUGACCAGUUUACACACAAGCUCAGAGUCCAUAGACCUGCUGCUCCCACACCACCAUGGGCCAAAAGUCACCCGCACGGGCAGUGUCAAGUCCACCCUCUCUGAGGGCAUGCCUCUUGACAGAAACACUCUCCCCAAAAAGGGAUUAAGGUACCCUCCGUCCUCCAGACAGACGUCACAUGAGGAAGGAAAGGAAUGGUUGCGUUCUCACUCCACUGGAGGACUGCAGGACACAGGAAGUCCACUUUCACCACCGGGCACAACCAGUAUCAACACUGGCAAAUACCACUACUCAAACCUGCUGAGCCCCACCAGUAUGUCGCAGUAUAAUCUUCCCAGCACCAGUAUGAGCCGCUCCAACAGUAUUCCAGCACAGGACUCGUUCGAGCUGUACGGGGAGGGACACAAUUUGGGUGGCAGUGCCACCUCGCUGGAGGAACGGCCACGUGGGAUGAGUCGGUCCGGCUCCUUCCGGGACAGCACAGAUGAAGUUCAUGGUUCUUCUCUAUCUUUGGUCUCGAGCACAUCAUCUUUGUAUUCUGCGGUGCUGGCAUUUUUAGACAAGACGGAGGAGAAGGCCCACUCAGAGGGCCAAACAGUCCAAAAUACAACGCAAAUCAGAAAACUGCGAAGAGAGCUGGACUCUUCUCAGGAGAAAGUGGCGACCCUGACCUCUCAGCUGGCGGCCAAUGCACACCUGGUGGCGGCGUUUGAGAAAAGUCUGACAAACAUGACCUGUCGACUGCAGAGUCUAACCAUGACAGCGGAGCAAAAGGAGUCCGAGCUUGCAGAGUUAAGAGAGACCAUCGAGGCAUUGAAAACUCAGAACACAGAUGCUCAGACGGCCAUUCAAGUUGCCCUCAACGGCCCUGAUCACGUUCAUAAAGCAGACCUGAGGAUCCAUCGACAGCACUCGUCAGAAAGCAUGUCCAGUAUUAACAGUGCAGCCAGCCACUCCAGUAUGGGUAGCGCUAAAGAUGCAGACGACAAGAAGAAAAAGAAGAAAAGCUGGGGCAAGGAUAAAGGACACAAGGUGGCUGAUUCCAUCCCCGCCCAGUUGCGGAGCUCCUUUAAGCAGGCCUUCAGCAAGAAAAAGACUAACAAGCCCCAAUCAUCUCAUGAUGAGAUUGAAGAGAUGACUGACUCCUCCCUCCCUUCUUCACCCAAACUACAACACACCAACAGACAGACCAGCCCCACCCAACCACUGCGCUCAUCACCUUCCACCACAGAAUUGUGUGAAUGUACAGAGGCCGAGGCAGAGGUUAUCCUCCAGCUGAAGAACGAGCUGAGAGAGAAGGAGCUGAAGCUGACUGAUAUCAGACUGGAGGCGUUAAGCUCCGCCCACCACCUUGACCAGAUACGAGAAGCCAUGAACCGCAUGCAGAAUGAAAUUGAGCUGCUGAAGGCAGAGAACGACAGACUGAAGUCCAGCGGCAACACCACACCUGCUGCCACACCUGCUAAAACAGCCCGUCCCCCUUCAGAAACCUCCAGCACGUCCUCCUCAUCCUCACGGCAAUCUCUGGGGCUGUCGCUGAACAACCUCAACAUCACAGACACCAUUAUGUCAGAUAUUCUGCUCGAUGAUGGCUAUGAGGGCAAUCUACGCAAAGAGGGCAGGAGUGUCCGUAUAGUGGUCACCAUCAACAGCGACUCCAACAAAACCAAGGCUAGGCAGAAGAAGGAGUAUCUGAUUGGCUCCAUUGGCGUCAGCGGCAAGACUAAGUGGGAUGUGUUGGACGGUGUAAUACGACGCUUGUUUAAGGAGUAUGUGUUCCGAGUGGACCCAUUGACCAGUUUGGGCCUGAAUUCGGAUAGUAUAGUGUGCUACAGGAUGGGGGAUGUGGUCCGAUCUCAUGCCUCUGAGGUUCCUGAACUGUUGCCAUGUGGAUAUCUGGUGGGCGACAACAACGUCAUCAGAGUCAGUCUCAAAGGUGUGAAGGAGGGUAGCAUUGAUGACUUGGUGUUUGACACACUGAUUCCUAAACCCAUCAUUCAACGCUACUUAAACCUGCUGAUGGAGCACCAUAGAAUUAUCUUGUCUGGUCCCAGCGGAACGGGUAAAUCCUUCCUAGCCACUAAACUAGCUUACUACAUCAUCUCCAAGACUGGUCAAGUGGUGACCGACACUAACCUGGCUAGGUUCAAUGUGGACCAGAAAUCCAGCAAGGAUCUUCGGCAGUACCUCUCAAGCCUGGCCGAGCAGUGCAACACCGAGGAGUGUGAGAUCGAGCUGCCCUCUGUAGUUAUUCUGGAUAACCUCCAUCAUAUUGGCUCCCUUAGUGACAUCUUUAAUGGAUUCCUCAACUGCAAAUAUCACAAAUGCCCGUACGUCAUAGGAACUAUGAACCAGGGUGUUUCCUCAUCUCCAAACUUGGAGUUGCAUCAUAACUUCAGGUGGGUGCUGUGUGCCAAUCACACUGAGCCAGUGAAGGGCUUCCUGGGCCGAUUCCUGAGAAGAAAGCUGAUUGAAACUGAGAUUGAUAAAAACAUGCGCAGUAACGACCUCAUCAAAAUCAUCGACUGGAUCCCUAAAACCUGGCAACACCUCAAUUCCUUCCUAGAGGCUCACAGCUCCUCAGACGUCACUAUCGGUCCUCGACUGUUCUUGUCCUGUCCGAUGGAUGCAGACGGUUCACGUGUGUGGUUUACCGACCUGUGGAACUAUUCUUUAGUGCCAUAUCUGCUGGAAGCAGUACGAGAAGGACUGCAGCUGUAUGGAAAGAGGGUGGCAUGGGAGGACCCGUCCAAAUGGGUGAUUGACACCUAUCCCUGGAGCUCUGCCUCCCUGCAACAUGAAGGCCAGUCACUGCUGCAGCUGCGGCCGGAAGAUGUGGGCUAUGAUGGCUACAGCCCCUCUAAAGACGGAGCCGCCUCCAAACAAGUAUCUCAGAGCGACACAGAGGGAGACCCACUGAUGAAUAUGCUGAUGAGGCUACAGGAAGCUGCUAACUACUCCAGCGCCCAGAGCUGUGACAGCGACAGCGCCAGUCACCACGACGACCUGCUGGACUCCUCAUUGGAGUCUGCCCUCUAAACCCCGCCCCAUUAGAAGAAGAAACCUUCUGAUUGGUUGAAAAACAGAGCAAAGGGCCCACAGGACUUGUGCUUAUGAAACAGCCUCCGGUGGUAAAAGGAUGCAGAGUCCAGGAUACGGCGAAUGAAAAGGUGCUGGUGGCACACACGACACUGGCGAAAAAGCGUGUGUGCCCACAUAAUUAAAAAAACAACUGGAAUUUGAAUUUGUUGGAGGUGAUCCGUUAGUUAAACAUGUUUACAGAGGCAAAAGUUUAUUUUAAAUUCACUGAGGUGCAAAAACCUAAAGGGCAACAUUCUGAAUUCUGACCUCAGUUAAUAAACUGGUGCUGCCGUGGUGCCAAAACCAACAUGCGGUUUACACUCAUCUCGCCAGCACUAUUCAUGAAACACGUCUAGCCAACAAGCACAAACGUGCAACGUGUCAUUACCACUACUGUCAAAUCAUAUGCAAAUUCGCCACCACUCGUUUUACUGCCAAGCGUAUAGUGACCUACAGCAUCCCUGCACCACCGACUGCAGCUUACACACCGUUCCAUGCAGUAGUCUUUGAUUGGACCCCACAGCCGUGUGCGUAGUUCUUUCUCUUCUCCACAGGUACAAGACAACUGCUUGUAGGAGAGUGUACCAGCUUUGUGAAAAAGACCAGAAAAUGGUGCUUUCUUGCUGCCUUAAGUGUGCUGAGCUCUGAAGACAUUGAAACGCGGUGCCGCUGUCCUUUUUCGCAGAAAUGAUGACGUAGGACAGAACCGAUCAAACAUUUUCCUAAAGAUGCCACGUCCACAUAUUUUAUUUUUGUUACAAUUAGUGUGUUAGUGUAAAACACGCCAUUAUAAACGGUCCAGAUGUAUACAAGUAAAAAAGAUCUUUAUGUAAUCCCAGUUGAGCUGGGAUCACUUGAAUCGAGAGCACAAAUCCGACGCGUCGCUUCGCUAGCAUGCUGUUUUUACUUUGCUAUAUGUGUGUACGUGCACACGGAAACGAUUUUUUUUUCCGCUCCCGUGCACCAGUGUUCUUGUAGUCGAAGUUCAUUCAUCCUUUCUUUUGUUUGCUAUGUGGGCUUUGCACAAUUGAAAAGGUGAUUGUAAAUAUCCAAGUCUUGCACAGCCUCUUAAAGAUGCACUCUGGCCUGUCGGUAUUGCGUUUCUGCUUUUCUAGUCUAGCAUUACGCUCUUGAGAUUUACAGAGGGAAAAAAAAGCAAACCAGCAACCUGUCCAAACCGUAUAUGUCUUGUAAUGACUGGUUAUUAUACAGAGCUCUAAACUGUACAGUGAAGGGUGAAGUGUUUUUCAAUUUCAAAAAACUUUAGUGUCAGUUUACUGUUCAAGGGCGUAAAAUCGGUUUUAUCUUCGCAAUGCAUCAGAGCCCGACCAUAUCUAACUUGCAUUACACUGUUACACUUCCUAUCCUGCAGCUUUCAGAUACACUGGUCCCUUUGGAUGUAAGCCACACCUAAAGACCCCAUGAAUGUUUUCUGACAACCGCAAGCUAUUGUAGAACCGGACUGCCGAAAAUAGCCAUUCUAAAGAGCAUUUGAUUGGACAAAAAAUGUGUAUGCAUCUUUAAAUGCAGGAUAAGUCGUAUUUCUGUCUAUUAUGAUUCAAAUAUGUUUAUGAAAGAUAAAUACUGUACAUUUUAAAUGUGAAUAUCUGCUUAAAAUAUUUUUGUCAACUUUUAGGAGUACAAGAGCAUAUAAAUGACCUUAAAACUAAUAGGCAGACAAAAAGCCACAAAACUCUUCAUUUUAAAUUCAUGGGAUUUUUAAAAAUUCAUGAGUAUCAUUGCACUAGAUAAAAAAAAUUAAAUCAAGUGGCUUAUAUUUUGCAAACAAACAUCUCACAAAGUGUGUUACAUUUUUAAAUAAUGAAACAUUACAGUGUUCAAAACGAAGACAAAAAGUAUACACUUUCUGAUCGUAGAUGAACUACACAUGUGGUUACUUUGCAAGGACUUAUUUGGGACUCCACUACAAAAUUAACACGAGGCAAAAUUCAUUGCAAAAAUGGCUUAGAAAAGUGAAGUUAGUUGAAGGUGUAAUAUUAUUUGUUAUGAAGAUGCAACUUGGUUUGGUGUUUUGCUAUCUAAUGCAAUGAUAUUCAAGUGUCUGAAUACUUCGUUGGGCAUCUGUCAAUCACUUACGAUUUAGCAACAUUUUUAAACAGAUUUACUGUGAAAGACUUUUCAUUGGAUUAUAUUUUAAGAGUUUGCACAUGUUUACAGUAAAUUAGUCUCUGUUUGUUUGAUGUACAUGGUCAGGAGAUACAAGGUGUUUCAUACAAGGUGCUAUAGGUGAAUCAUUGAAAAGAGUUGCAUCUCUGUCUUAUAUGAUCAGGCCUUUACCACAUCCAGCUUCACCUUCUGACUCAAACUGCUUGGCACAAAGUAACUCAUUCUCACUGCCACAGUUUUACAGGCUUUAACCUUCCAGUCUUUCCAAUCUACCUUUUUGUUGAUUCAGGAAACUGCUUCUUUUUUAAUUCCUCGGCACUACAGCGGUGCUAUGUAUUAACCUCCAAACUCUGUGACUCUGUGCCUGAUGCUUUGCUUGUCAGCCAUUGUUCAGUGUAAAACUACUUAACAGAAACAUUUAUAAGAAGUGCAGUAAAGGUUUCAAACUGCCUAAUGGUCCCCUUAACCUCAAACACAAAUAGUGAUUGUCCGUGGUACAUCAGAAAUCUUCUUUUCAUUUUCUUCAUGUUACUGCAAACACAUCUCUCGGUGAGCGCAUAACAUUGAACUACUUUGAAAAUGUUUCUUUUCAGGUGGAACAUUUGUUGGUGGAUGUUUUAUAUUUUGUACAUUUGUAAGUAACAUAUCAUGUAAAUAGAAAGAGACCACAAUUUAAUUCAUCUGGGGGAUUUUGUAGUCUUUGUAAAGCCCUAAUAAAUGGUAUUUGGUGUCA